AUGGAGAAGAAGGGAAGCAUAUUGAUGGGAAAAUACGAGCUUGGGAGGUUGUUAGGUCAAGGAACUUUCGCCAAAGUUUACUAUGGUAUACUUCUGAAAACGGGACAGAGUGUAGCCAUUAAGGUUAUCGAUAAAGACAAAGUAUUGAAGGCCGGGUUGACAAAUCAGACAAAGCGAGAGAUAUCUGUUAUGGGAAUGGUCAAACACAACAACGUGAUGGAGCUAUACGAAGUUAUGGCUACCAAAACGAAGAUUUACUUUGUGAUGGAAUAUGCGUUUCCACCUCUCGAAAAAGUGUUCCUUGCAAAGGGAAGGCUCAAGGAAGAUAGUGCUCGGAAAUAUUUUCAACAACUGAUCACUGCUGUUGAUAUUUGCCACAGCAGGGGUGUUUAUCACCGUGAUUUGAAACCUGAAAAUCUUCUUCUGGAUGAGAAUGGAGAUCUUAAGGUAUCCGAUUUUGGAUUGAGUGCGCUCACCGAGUCCAAGCACCAGGAUGGAUUACUCCACACGGUGUGCGGCACCCCAGCAUAUAUCGCUCCGGAGGUGAUUAGCCGAAGAGGCUAUGAUGGAUCCAAAGCUGACAUCUGGUCCUGUGGGGUGAUCUUAUUUGUCAUGCUUGCAGGUCAUCUUCCAUUCAAAGACUCAAAUCUCGCGGAGAUGUAUCGGAAGAUAAGCUUGGCCGAGUAUAAAUGCCCUAAUUGGUUUCCACCUGAAGUACGAAAGCUGCUAUCCUGGAUCCUUGAUCCUAACCCCUAUACUAGGAUUUCCAUAGCCAAGAUUAUGAAAAACUCCUGGUUCAGAAAAGGUCUCAAAUCCAGACAAGCUAGGACCAAAGCAGAAGACCCGGAAAAGGUCCCUCUUGACUUUGGUUCCAUUUCUGAUUCUUCCAGGAACAAUAUUCCGACAGAUAUGAAGCUGGAAGUGGCCAAACCGACUAACCUGAAUGCAUUUGACAUUAUAUCUCACUCGACUGGAUUUGACUUGUCUGGUUUGUUCGUGAGCAAUGACCAAAAAGACGAGGUGCAGUUUACAUCUACAAAGCCGGUUUCUGCUAUCAUAUCAAAACUUGAGGAUGUUGCUAGGAAUCUGAAGUUGAAAGUAAAGAAAAAGGAUCAAGGAUGGUUCAUGAGAUUGGAGGGCACGAACAAGGGUAUAAAUGGGAUUUUGUCCAUUGAUGUAGAAAUAUUUGAAAUCACUUCGUCGUUUCAUUUGGUCGAGGUGAAGAAGUCGAGUGGCGACUCAGUAUAUUAUCAGAAGAUGUUGAGACAGGAUAUAAGACCAGCUCUUAGGGAAAUUGUUUGGGCUUGGCUAGGUGAGCUACAGCAGGAUCAGAAGGAAAUCUAG